CUCGGCCACCGCGUCCGCUUCUAGCGCUAGCUCCUCGGGGUCCGAUGAGGCGCCGGAUUUUGGGUUUUACAGAAAUUCAGACCCCGUCAACGUGCUGAGGGGCAGAAACUCGUUACAUGACUCACAUAGGCAACUCCAUGUGGCAGAAGACAAGCAUCACCUCAUGGUGAAUACAGUGUUGGAGCAUCAGAAGUGUCGUGAUAUUUCAGUAUCUCCCAAAAGGGAGUCACACUUAUUUAAUACGGCCAAUGGUGUUAGAGGCCAUCCUCUUCCUACAUCCCCUACACAUCCAAGAGCACUUGGCAUAAGCCCGGGUUCUCCGAAACUAAGACAAGAUGAUAUGAAGAGCCCACCUCAUCCGCUCCCCCUUCCUCCAAGCUCUCCUGGGUCUUCUUCCUCUUCAUCUUCACGUUCUCUUCCAUCACAAUGGAAAAAGGGGAAAUUGUUAGGCAGAGGAACAUUCGGCCAUGUAUAUCUUGGAUUCAACGGUGAAAGUGGGCAAAUGUGUGCAAUUAAAGAGGUUGAAGUCAUCUCUGAUGAUUCAAAUUCAAAAGAAUGCCUAAGGCAACUAAACCAGGAAAUAACUUUGCUCAGUCAGCUCUCACAUCCAAACAUUGUUCGGUACUAUGGAAGUGAAAUGGUUGAUGACAAACUCUCAGUCUAUCUUGAAUACGUUUCUGGUGGAUCUAUUUACAAGUUACUUCAGGAAUAUGGAUCCUUUGGGGAACCUGUUGUUCGCAGUUAUACAAGGCAGAUUCUUGCUGGUCUCACGUACUUACAUGGGAGAAAUACGGUACACAGGGAUAUUAAGGGAGCAAACAUACUUGUAGAUCCUAACGGCGAAGUUAAGCUUGCUGAUUUUGGUAUGGCCAAACAUAUAUCAGCUUAUACUUCUAUACGUUCUUUCAAAGGAAGCCCUUACUGGAUGGCUCCUGAGGUUGUCAUGAAUGGCAAUGGAUACAAUCUCUCAGUGGAUAUUUGGAGCCUUGGUUGUACGGUCAUUGAGAUGGCAACUUCUAAACCUCCCUGGAGCCAGUUUCCAGUGGUACCUGCAAUUUUUAAGAUUGGGAACAGCAAAGAUAUACCAGAUAUCCCGGAUCAUCUGUCCUCUGACGCAAAGAGUUUUGUAAAGCUAUGCUUGCAACGUGAUCCUGCAGCUCGUCCCACAGCAGCUCAGUUGAUGGAACAUCCUUUUGUUCGAGAUCAAGCAUCAAUAAGACCCACAAAAUCCAGUAUGUUCAGGGAAGCGUUGCCUUCUAUUUCAGCUGAAACCCAGAGAAUGGGUGCCAUGGAUCUUUCUCCAAAUCGAAGUUUAUCUCCUCUGCGUGACAGAGAUUAUGGAGUGGGGCACUUGAUAGAGUUCCCCUCAACAUCUAGGAACCAAAGGGCCAGAGCGAACAUGUCUCUCCCGGUUUCGCCCUGCUCUGUUUCACCCUGCUCAAGCCCUCAUCGCCAGUUUAAGCAUGGUAAUCGAAGCUGCUUGCCUUCUCCUCCUCAUCCAGUUUUCUCGGCAGGAGCUAUUAACUAUGGACCAAGCAAUUAUUCUCUAUAUCACACAAGGGCAUGCAAUAACUUUGAUCAGUUGCCAGAGCUUCCACAGUUUAAGUCGCAAACAACAUACAGUUCCCCAAGGAGAAGAUAAUGAUGGUGAUCCAAUUAUACCUGUAAAAAAUCGAUAGCAGCAUCUCUUUUGCCUCUGAUGGAUCAAUCAAACAUAAAAAUGUAAAAGAAAAGAAAAAGAUCGGUUCCUUGUCGUAUCAGUUUUUGUUGUCCCUACAUGAUCAAUGUAAUUGUGAAAUUGCAUACACGAUCCAAGUUCUGUAUAGAGUAAAGGUGUGUAUUCAUUUAUAUACUUAAAAAUGGUAAGAAUAGAAAUUUUUUGUUUGUCUCAAA